UAUUUUUUAUUUUUCAAUCAUUUAUCUGUGACAGGAUAUUGAAAUUUUAAAGAAGUAAAGUUAAGCCUUAAAAACAUUUUACGCGUUUUCUUACUUAAAUUAUCAUAAACUAUGUUUCGGCUAAUUGUGUUUUUGAUUCUUUUUGCUGCAGUUUUUGCAAAUUUUUACGGUCACAUGAAAUUACAUUGUUUGUUUUCGAAAUAUAUGUUAAAUUUUUUUCAGCUAAAUGAAAAGUAUUUCAUUUUGUCAUCAAACCUAAAUGUCCCGAAUGUCACUUAUAUGAAUCACUUGAAAUAUUAUGGAAAUAAUAUACAAACACAAAGCGUUAUAAUUUUGGUGAUGCUGGACGAGUUACAAAAAAUAGAUAAACAGUUUUCUGCAGAUCUAAUGACGGUAAAUUUAUACUUAAAUAAUGUAAUGGGUCAUACUUAUAUGUAUUCUAAUAAUGAAAAUACAUAUAAUAAUACAUAUUUAACUGACGAACAACAUUUGAGAAUUGGGUUUAAAAUAAAUUAUGACUUGAUUACCACUCAUUUACAAAGGUUUUUAGAUCAUGAAUGUGAUAACACAAAUUUAUUUUUUAUUCAAGUUGAAAAGCGAUUUGAAUAUUUAACAAUAAGCCAACGAGGUUGCCUUAAUAUAAAUAAAAUAGAUGAUGUUCAAGUUGCUUAUAAUUGUUUAGAGGGUUUAAAAAAAACAGCUAAUGGUGUAUUUGAACAAAAUAUCCUUAAAAUUAGGUAUGUAGACUUUCACCCUUCAAACUUAUUGUUUUUCGAUAUUAUGAAUUCUUAUAGCAAGUUUCACAGUACGUACAAAGCACCUGAUGGCCUUAGUUUGAUGAGAUCCGUUACAGUACAAGUUAACUAUAACACCGAAACAACUAUCCUAAAAUUAUACGAAAGUGCAUUACUUAAUUUUGAUGGAUAUUAUAUGAAAUCAUUUCAACAACAAUUUUUAGCUGCUACAAUUCAUCCAGUAUUUAUGCUUAUUAUAUCGUUCCUCAAUACUUAUAAACAGCUUUACUCUACACAAUUCGAUAGAACAUUUAGAGCUCAUAUAACUAAUCUAACUAAUUCAAUAGUAAAAAUAAUUCAAAACAUAACUCGCACGGAAUUAUACGAUUUUAAAAUCAACAAGUUAUAUUCCGAUUUGGCUCAUAAUUUAUCGAGCUUUAAUUUAUACAACAGUAAACCAAAUUGGAUAAAUAAUGCAAUAACGACCAUGACUCAAGCAAUGAGUAUAAAUAAACUUAAGCUUAAUUUGAAAGUUUAUCAAUUAAAAAAUUAUAUUACAUACCAAGAAUGUCUAAAUCUAUUGCGUACAAUUGACGGAGAAUUGAAUAUAGUCGACACAUACGUAAAUGCGUUGAUUCAAAAUAAAAAAUCAUUCCAUAUUAUUAGAAAAACCGUUUCACACAACGAUUUGUUUGAAGUAGAGCCAUUAAAUAUAUUAAAUGUAAAAAGUACAGAAAAUCUAUCUCAUUAUGAUAAAAAUUUACUAUUUUCCAAACCAGUAUCAAUAAUUGACGUAAAAAAAGAAGCAAAUAACAGUAUAAAUAAUACGAAAUUUAACCAAACAGAAUUAGUAUCCCAAAAUAGUAAUAAAUUAAACAGCAUGUAUAAUAAAUUCUUAAAUAACAGCGUAGAAACAAAUAAUAUUCCAUCUAAAAAUAAACCUAUAACUGCGAACAUUUCUGUCAUUGACUUGGGUAAAAAAGAGGGGAAAAAAAUUGGAGAAAAUAGUUCAACUAAUCAAGCUGUAAAUGUCAAUUUAUCAAACAGUCUAUUAAAUAGUUCUGAUACUAACAAUAGUGAAAGAUAUACUAGUCAAAAUGUUAAUAAUAAACCUACAACCACAAAUAUUUCCAUAACUGAUAUGAAUAAAAAAGAUAAUAGUGAUUUAAAUGAAACUGGUUCAAUUAACCGAACCGAAAGUAUCAUUAUUUCAAACAAUUCUUUAAUGAAUUCUAAUACCAACAAUAUUUUAGAUUAUAUUAGUGACGCUUCUAGUCAUAAAAUCACAAAUUUUUCCGUUAAUGAUAUAAAUAAUAAAGAUAAUAGUGAUUUAAAUGAACAUGAUGAAAUUGACCGAUCUAGAAGUAUCGAUUCUUCAUUAAAUAGUACACUAACUAGUUCUAAUACCAACAAUAAUUUAGAUUAUAUUAGUGACGAUUCUAGUAAUAAAAUCACAAAUGUUUCCAUUAAUGAUAUAAAUAAUAAAGAUAAUAGUGAUUUAAAUGAACAUGAUGAAAUUGACCGAUCUAGAAGUAUAGAUUCUUCAUUAAAUAGUGCACAAACUAGUUCUAAUACCAACAAUAAUUUAGAUUAUAUUAGUGACGAUUCUAGUAAUAAAAUCACAAAUGUUUCCAUUAAUUAUAUAAAUAGUAAUGAUAAUAGUGAUUUAAAUGAACACGAUGAAUUUGACCGAUCUAAAAGUAUCGAUUUUUCAUUAAAUAGUACAUUAACUAGAUGUGAUACAAACAAUAAUUUAGGUUAUAUUAGUGACGAUUCUAGUAAUAAAAUCACAAAUGUUUCCAUUAAUGAUAUAAAUAGUAAUGAUAAUAGUGAUUUAAAUGAACACGAUGAAUUUGACCUAUCUAGGAGUAUGGAUUUUUCAUGUAAUAGUAUGAAUUUGUCAUCAUCAAGUAUACUAACUAUUUUUGAUAGCGACAAUGAUUUAGAUUAUAUUAGUGACGGUUCUAGUAAUAAAAUCACAAAUAUUUGUUUAACAAAUAUGAAUAAAAAAGAAAAUAAUGAAUUAAAUGAAAAUGGUACGAAUAAUCAAGUAGAAAAUAUAAAUUUCGCAAGCAGUUCAUUGAUAAACACUGAUAGAACGAAUAAAGCAGAAUUAAAUAGAAAUAAUUCUUUAAUCAAACUUAAAGCUACCAGCAUUAAUGAUAUUGAUAAGGAUAAAAAAGGAAAAAAUAGUUUUGAAAAUAAUAGGUCAAGUAACUCUAAUAAAAGCGUAAAUUUAAUAAAUAGUAAUAAUCAAAACAAUAUUGUUCUACAUGAAAAAGUCGAUGAAAAUCUAAAAGUAAAAAAUGAACCCAAUAAUAAUAAUAAUUCUGUAAAAAUUAAAUCAGAGUAUAAUAGCGAAAAUAAAGAAAUAGAAUUUGCUACAGAUUGUUCUUCAUCAAGUAACCCAAAUAAAAAUGAUGAAGGUGAUUACCAAAUUGGAAUCUUAAAAUUCAAUGAAUUAAAGUCUAAUAUUGAAAAACGUAUUUUGGAUAAUUCAAUUGGAAAUAAUAUUAAUAUAGCAAAUGAAACCCAAGACAUUCCGAGUAAUAAUAAUAUAAAGAAAGUAGGAUCACGAGUAAGUCAACUACUAAAUAUAUAUAAUGAUUUAGCUGAAAAUAAAAUAAAAAACCAAAAAGAAGAUUUAAAUAGUAGAUCAAAUAGAAUAAAAAACCAAUUUAUAUUGACAAAUAAUACGUCUAGAAGAGAGCCAACUAUAAAGGUCAAUAAAAGUGAUGCAGCUAAUCAUAAAAGCAAUGAUGAGAAUUUUACUCUAUUACACUGUGUUUUCUCGAAAUUCAUGCUACAAUUCCUUCAGUUAAAUGAACAACGCUUCGUAGCAGUCCACUAUAAAAACAAUAUCGAGACCUUUACGUUAGAAAACUUAAUUUAUUAUAAUUCUAAUCUACAGUCCCAAUCAAAAAAUAUUUUGGCUAUGCUUGAUGAAUUGCGAAGUUUGAAAAGUAAUGUAUUUGUACCUGAUUUAAUGACGGUUAAUCUAUACAUCAAUAAUCUAAAAGGAAAUAUCAAUGAAAAUUCAACAGUUGAUGGUUAUGUAAAAUUAUCAAGAGAUAAAUUCAUUCUUUAUUACAAUAUUAUGACUGAAGAAUUGUCGCAGUACAUAAAUUCAAAAUGUAGAAAUUGUUUAAUGGGGAAGAUUGAUAAGCGUUUUACAGAUUUAAAAGAAAUAGUGUAUAAAAUGAGCGAUAAUCAUAUGGCCACUCUUAGUACAAAGAAAUUGAUGGAAGAUAUACAAAUUUUAAAGUACCAGAGUUUUGUAGCCUUUAAAGAAACACUUGAGAACGAUAGUUAUAAUGACUUCCAUCCAACUAAUAUGCUAUUUUACGAUUUGAUGUCUGGUUGGGCUUAUCCAAAAAAUUCUAAAGCCAAUUCUUUAAAUCCAGUUAUUUCCAAUAAUUCAAGUAUAGAUUUUAAGCAAAAAAAUAAUGGCUUAAAUUUAAUAAGAAAAGUAAUUCUAACUACAAAUAAUGAUGCUGAAAUAAAAAGUACAGUAGUAGAGUUAUUUUAUUGUGUUUCAUUAAACUAUAAAGCAGAAUUUAUAAAAUCAUACCAACAGCAAGUGUUAGCUUCAACGAUUCAUCCUGUGUUUAAAUCUAUAAGUAACUAUUUAAUUGUAUUCAAACAAAUAUUCUACGCCCAAUUCAUCUCAAUAAAGUUUACAGAAGAUAUAACUAAAAUUGGAAUUUUACUUAAAGAUAUUUUUAAAAAAUUUGUUGAUUUAAAUUUGUUUGCAGACAAACCAAACGAAUACCUAAUAAAUGUUUUGAAAAAAUUUGAAGAGAUAAUAUAUAUGGAACCUAAGAGUUCCAUAAAGACUGAACAUCCAGAAUUAAUUUCAAGUCUUUUAAGAAUGUGCUCGAAACCUAUGAUUUUGAACAAUCUUGAAUUUACUAUAGCUGAUAAAAUUUCAACUAAUUUAUCAGACGAAAUAUAUAAAAAAAUAAUAAGCGAAAGCAAUAGAGAAGUUAGUAAUAUCAAUAAUUUUGUGAAUUCUUUAUCAUCAUAUAAAUGCAUAUUUGAAAUAAUAAAAAGAACUGUUCCUCACGAAGAAUUAUUUACAAUAAAACCACUAGAAAUUAUUCAAGAAUGUGAAAUAGAACCAUUUUCUAAUUUGAACUCUGUAAAUGAAGAUUAAUUAAUUAGUAGUUUUUAAUUAUGUAUUUAGCUUAUAUAAAUUACCAUAAAUAAUAAUUGAAUCAUUUGUUUACUUGUAUAUAUUUUUGGAGCUUAUAUUUUUUAUAAAAUACUUUAUACUUAUUUGCCAUAUAAAAUAAUAAAAUGUUCAAUAAUUUCAUUUUAUUGCAAAAUAACAUCUUUAAAAUUAUGCCACUUAUG